GCGAAAGAAAGAGAGAGAAAAAGGAAUCCUCUCAUUCACUCUCCCAUCAAUCCUUUCAUCAAAGUCUUCCUCUUUUUGCCUCUCCAAUUUUCUUUCUUUCUCUAGUCUCUAUCUUGUAUCUUACAAAUAUGGAAAUCUUUUGAUAGUUCAAUCAACAAUCCAUGCCCUUCUUUUCCUUCUCUUAUUAUUAAACCCUAAAAAAACCUCAAAAAUAAUAAUUUAAUGGAUUCCUUUGCAGAAGUAGAGAGUUCCAACACCACCACCAACAACAAUAAUAAUAAUAAUAUUAUGUCGUCGUCAUCAUCAUCAUCUACAUCAAGUCGAUAUGAGAAUCAGAAACGUCGUGAUUGGAACACUUUCGGUCAGUACCUUAAGAACCAUAGACCACCACUCUCUCUCUCCCGCUGUAGCGGAGCUCACGUCCUUGAAUUCCUCCGUUACCUCGAUCAAUUUGGUAAAACUAAAAUCCACACACCGAUAUGUCCAUUUUACGGCCUUCCAAAUCCUCCAGCACCUUGUCCAUGUCCACUUCGUCAAGCUUGGGGUAGCCUUGAUGCACUUAUUGGUCGUCUUAGAGCUGCUUAUGAAGAAAAUGGAGGAAAAUCUGAAAUGAAUCCUUUUGGUGCUCGUGCUGUUAGGCUUUACCUUCGUGAAGUUCGUGAUUUGCAGUCGAAAGCAAGAGGUGUUAGUUAUGAAAAGAAGAAAAGGAAACGACAACCAUCGUUACAAUUUUCUGGUGUUACUCCGCCAUCAGGAUCAGGAGGUAAUAAUAGAAGCAACAUUACUCAUGGAGUUUAGUUUAAAAUUUCAUGAUUUAGCAGUUAUUAGUACUACUAAUUAUUUUGAGGACAUUACGUACCUAGGGUUUG